AGAAGUACUUUUAUAGAUAAUCUCCGUAAUACGGACCAGUUUCAACCUAGUAUUUACAAAAAUAUAGGUCACAAUUGAUAAUUAAUCGGCUUUAAUGGGAUUAGACCGAUAAAUCAAUGAGACGAGGGAACUCCUUUAUUGAUUGUCCCUGAGAAUGUGUUUGUCACAUUUUCUCUCGUACGCAGAACAGAAGCUGCAGACGAUCGGAGCCUCGUUUUCACUUCGAGGGUGAUUUAUGCAUGGAUGUGUUGAUGCUGUAGUCAAUGUUUGCAAGUUUUUUUUCCCUCCCUCUUCCAUUUUGCCGAGUUUGAAGUCAAAUAUCAGUUAUCAAUGUAUGAUAUGUAGAGGCCUGCGUCAAUGCAUGUCCGGUGUCGUCUUGCUAAAGAGGAAACGCGGAACCGACUGGCCAUGGGUUUCUAGAUUAUAUUUUCUUAAUUAUCAUUUUGGAAUAUUUAUUAUGUACUGAUGCUUAUUCGAAGGAAAGUGAUUCCAUCAGCUAGUUUUAAUGUCCAAUGUCUGAGCUUCCGCCAAAUGCUGUUACCUUUGAUUGGAAUUGUCUUACGGGGGUGAUCAUUUGUGGGGCACACGUGGCGCCGUUUGUAAAGAGAGGGAUGACCACUGUUAUGCGGAGACCCUCGGGAACAUCUAAUGACAUACGAAUAGGAAACCACAGAUCGUCCAGCUACGCUACCCCAGGGGAUUCCCCACCUUCCAGUCCAGCUCAAACAGGAAGUCGAUCCACGAGGGCCUGCUGCUUUUGUUGGUGCUGUUGUUGUACUUGCUCAUGUUUAGCUGUUAAGACGGGAAACGGAUCACCGGGUGGAUCACGUGACAAAACAAUAACUGUACAGAAACAAGACGAGCCACCAACGCCAGAAGAAAUACAAAGUUGGGGCGAAUCAUUUGACAGACUCAUGAGGAGUUAUGGUCGAAAAGUGUUCAGAGAGUUCCUACGCUCGGAAUACAGUGAAGAAAACAUGUUGUUUUGGUUGGCGUGUGAGGAAAUAAAGAGGGAAGACAACCCGGAGGUGGUAGAGGAAAAAGCUAGAAAUAUAUACGAAGAUUAUAUAUCUAUAUUAUCACCUAAAGAGGUUAGUUUAGAUUCGCGAGUACGAGAAGUUAUAAAUAGAAACAUGGUUGAUCCCACUCCACAUACAUUCGACGAGGCACAGUUACAAAUAUAUACACUAAUGCAUCGAGAUUCUUAUCCUCGUUUUUUAAAUUCUCAGAUAUAUAAAAAACUACUACAGCAGAACUCUUAAACUUAGGAUUUUCCAAUUACUGUUACUGUGUUGCAUCGUGUCUAUUGUGAGACGAUGACGUCAUAAAAAUGACGAAAGGAGCGGUGUGUGAAAAUGUGUUAGUGCAAUAUAUAUGGUUUUCUAGUCACGUGACAGACCUCUGGUACUCCCUCUUCACCAUUACCUACGAGAUCAGCAAGAACGAUAACCCAAAGAGAAAUAUGUUAUGAAUAAACUGUGGAUAUACAUGUUAUUGUUUACCAUACGAUUCUUUUUCCAUAUCCUCAAAUCGAUAUGAUAUUUUUCUUACCUAUCAGUGUUGUCUUGUUCUAGAAAUCGUGAGGCGUGCUGGAAAAUGACGACAGUUAGCAUUUUUUAAUUAGAUAGAGCAGUAACCAUAUGUUGCCCUCGUGUUAAUUAUGCUGAUUUGAGGGAUGAUGUGACAUUGUUAAUGCAUUAUAGAAACAAGUAAGGAUGUCAACAGUUAAAUAACUAUUGUUUUCAGCUGGAGCAUUUUGUUCCAUCUUAAAAGUUGUAAAAGGCAUCUUGAAUUAUUUUGUCCUUUAGAAUGAUUAUAUAUUAGGUAGAUUUUAAACUAUACAUGUUCUAAAAUCCAGGUAUAUUUCUCAUUCCUUAUAUAUUUUUUAUUUAUUCCAUGUAUCUAAUAUUUUCUUUCGUACUUUAUCGUUACAAAUAUUGUAAUGUAUUCCACUUUUCCAUAAAAGAAUUACUAAUCCUUUAAUCCUUCAUCCACAACAUAAAACAUGAUUCAUUUGGUCAGUUGGAUCAUUUUGGGAAGAUAAACUCUUUUUUUAAACCGUUGAAACGUGUUAAAGAAAAAGUGACUAAAAUUUUUUAUUGAAAAUAGUAUUUAUUUUCUUAGGUAUUCGCCAUCCAACCAUGAAUGGUUUAAUUAGAUGUAAUAUGAGGAACGUUCCUGAAUAGCCGUUACGUUCUAGUUGCGGAAAUGUAUUUUGCAUUUUCAGCAUGUUAUUGAAAUAAUCUUUGUUAUUGAUUAUUAUAACUAUAUUGAAUGGUCAGUUGUAAAAUUUGAAAAAAAGAAUAUUGCAUCCUGUUUGAACAUUUGUUAGACGAAAGGAUAGUGAAACCAAAAACAUGUACAUAACGGCGCCUUUUCUCUUUGACUCUUUAUAUGAAAGCGUAAUUAUUGCUGAGUUUUUAAAUUUUCUUCAAUAUUAUGUAUAUCAAUAAAAAAGAAUUCCAUGAAUGGGUUCAACACCACUUUUAGUUGACAAUCUUCGUACAAUAAUAGCAAAAUUAACUGUUAUUACUUAAGUCUUUCAAAUGUAUUAAUACUGAUUAUCAAUAUCUCAUAAGAAAUAAGUACUUAACAAUCAUUUUGACAGUUUUGAUCUAGCUCAGUUUUGUUGACUGCUGAAUUUGGAAUAGACUUUUUUUAAUUAAAAAAAAGAUUAUAUAUGAAUAGUUUUGUACUAGUAAACCUGACUUUUUGUCAAUGUAUUCCAGCGACGUUAAGUUGUAACCUGAAGGUUUCCUUUCUUAGAUUUAUUUUUGUUUCUAUGGAAAUGUAUGUUUUGUACUUGUUAUUACCAGAUAUCAUACUUAUGACCAACUGUAUUAAUCAUACAAUAGAUACAAAGUGCGGUUCAUGUGUAUUAUGUUGCAUAAUAUAUAGGAAUUAAAAUCAACGACUAAGACAA